UCUUCCCCCUGCAGACUUCCUGUCCUGCCCCAACCAUGACUGACAUCUACGAGUCAGCGGCCAACUCUCUUGGUUUGUUCAGCAGUCCCUGUCUGACCAAAGUGGAGCUGCGACUCACCUGCAAAGGCAUCUCAGACCGAGAUGCCCUGUCCAAACCAGACCCCUGCAUUGUGCUAAACAUGCAGUCCCAUGGACAGUGGAUAGAGGUGGACCGGACAGAGGUGAUUCGCAGCUGUGUUAACCCCACCUACUCCAAGGUUUUCACAUUGGACUUUUACUUUGAAGAGGUGCAGCGUCUACGCUUCGAGCUGUACGACAUCAACAACAGCAGCCACAAUGGUCUGAGGGAAGAUGACUUUCUGGGCUCAGUGGAGUGCACGCUUGGACAGAUCGUCUCGCAGAGGAAACUGUCCAAAGCUCUGCUGAGGCCAGGAGGCUCUGUGGGCAAAACCAUCAUCACGAUCACAGCAGAGGAGCUGACAGGAAAUGACGACUACAUCGAACUGUCAUUCAGUGCCCGAAAACUAGAUGAUAAGGACUUCUUCAGUAAAUCCGACCCGUUUCUGGAGAUCUACCGGCUGAACGAUGAUGCCACACUGCAGCUCGUUUACAGGACUGAGACUGUUAUGAACAACCUCAACCCGGUGUGGAAAACCUUCAAGGUCUCCCUCAACUCGCUCUGCAGCGGAGACCAUGAACGCAAGCUUCAGUGCACCGUGUGGGACUGGGACUCCAAUGGGAAACAUGACUACAUCGGAGAGUUCGAGGCCACUUUUAAAGAGAUGAGAGGAGCCAUUGAUGGACGACAGGUGCAGUGGCCCUGCAUAAAUCCGAAAUACAAAGUCAAGAAGAAGAAUUACAAGAACUCUGGGAUUGUUAUCCUGAACCAAUGCAAGAUCAUCAAGAUGCAUUCCUUCCUGGAUUACAUCAUGGGAGGCUGUCAGAUCCAGUUCACUGUAGCCAUUGACUUCACAGCGUCAAAUGGAGAUCCUCGUAACAGCUGCUCUCUGCACUACAUCCACCCAUACCAGCCCAACGAGUACCUGAAGGCUCUGGUGGCUGUGGGGGAGAUCUGCCAGGACUAUGACAGUGACAAAAUGUUCCCAGCAUUUGGCUUUGGAGCUCAGAUCCCUCCUGACUACAAGGUCUCCCAUGACUUUGCAGUGAAUUUUAAUGAGGAAAACCCAGAGUGUGCAGGUAUUCAGGGUGUGGUGGAGGCCUACCAGGCCUGCCUCCCCAAACUAAAGCUCUACGGUCCAACCAACAUUGCCCCUAUCAUCCAGAAAGUUGCGAACUCUGCCUCACAGGAGGUCCACACCAAAGAGGCCAUGCAAUACUUCAUCCUGCUGAUCCUGACAGAUGGUGUCAUCACUGACAUGGCUGACACGAGGGAGGCCAUCGUCCAGGCCUCCCACCUCCCCAUGUCUGUCAUCAUUGUUGGGAUCGGGAACGCUGACUUCAGCGACAUGCAGAUGCUGGAUGGUGAUGAUGGGAUCCUGCGAUCACCCAAAGGAGAGCCUGUCCUCCGAGACAUUGUCCAGUUUGUCCCCUUCCGCAGCUUCAAACAUGCAUCUCCAGCGGCUCUGGCUAAGAGUGUGCUAGCAGAGGUGCCCAACCAGGUGGUUGACUACUACAACAGCAAGGGCAUUAAGCCCAAAGUGCCCAGCGAAUACCAGUCUUCCAGGCAGUUUGGACCCUGAGCACCACAGCACAGCUUCUCCUGGGCUGAGAAAAAUGUUUACCGUCUUCUGUUUUUUGUUGAUCUGGAUGUUAAAGGUGCUACAAGCAGUAUUUUGCCAUGAAGAAAUUAUUAAUAAUUUUAGACAUUAGUGUGAUUACAGUAGACACACAAGGUCAACAAGAAGCAUGUCAGCCACUACUCUGCAAUUUACAGUGGGAGAAACUGUUGACGGUGGAUUUCUGCUGGAGUGCUUUAAAUGACCUUUAAACAGCAUUUGAUUUACUGUCAUAAAAAGAUUAGAGAAGUGGGAUGACACAAAAGUGCUAGUUCUCUGCUCUCAAAGGUUCGCAUGAGCUUUCUUUGCAUCAUAUGAUUCCUGUUGCACACUGGAUAUGCAAUAUCAGACAGAGCAAGCAGUCAGUACUCAGUGGCUGACAUGUGCCAGUCCAAAGAGGGAUGCAGUUUCACACACACAGAAAAUCAAAGCCAAGGGUGUUUUGAUUCACUCUUUAGUGCGCCCUGACACAGAAGCACAGAAGUUUUUCAGACCUGAGCUUGGGGGCCAGUCUGGUUGAACAGAAUCUAAUGUGACUGCCAUUAGAGUUCAUGUCAUAAUCUUUUGAAUGAGUGAACUUUUUGAUGAGUGCUCAGGGCAGCUAGCUAACUGAUAGCAAGUCCUGUUGAACUUCUUAGGCUGCAUGUCAGCAGUCAGCUCACUGGGCACAGGCCUGUAAACGGUGACCACAUCACUGAGGUUCCAGCACUUCCUGCUUCAUGCAAACAUGUAAAUUGGUGCUGUGGUGCCACAGACUCAAACUGUGUGACCAGACUCUAACACUCACUUCCACCAACUCGAAGUCAUGAAGUCAUCCUGUUUUGUUGCCUUGGGUUAAACAUUAAAUUGACAUCGUAAAGGCAUCAGAGAGGCUGAUGAGAAAAGAGGAAAAGUUGAACUAAAAGUACUAGUGAGGUGAGGAAGAACUUGAUCUCAGCUGUGGUCCAACUUAGGUUUCACAUGUAAAAAUACUAAGUGUAGCACCUUUAGCAUCUGUUGUGCAUGCAGGCUCUACAGAGGCUCAGCUGACUGUAACACUUAGGAAUUUCUUUAACAGACGUGAAAAGCACACAGACAAACACUGACCAAUCCAAAUGCUGCUUCCCUACUGACAGCAUGAUGGCCCGGGAAACAGUCGAUGAAGGAAUGUAUGAACCCCCUUCUGGUCUGUUUUAUAAGAGUUUAUUGACAUUUUGCUAUAUUUCGUAAAGGUUUGUAUGUUGUAAAGCAUUUUGGAUUUCUGCCAGAUGAACAAGCUGCCUUCACAGAUGUCUGCAUCCUCUACUGUUUUUUCUCUAAAGGUAAGGCAGAUGCAUGAUCUGUUGUUUUGCAUGCAAAGCUCCAUGCAAGACUCCUUGGUCCUUGUGGUUUCUGUUUUCUGGUAGUGAAUAAUAUGAGUAAUAAUGACCUUUACAGUGUACCUGAUGAUGGAGCUGUUCUACUCUCAAGCAUGUUCAUAUGUAAACCAAAUUUGUGAGUGGAUAUAAAAGCACAACUUGAGUGUCUUUGGAGAAUUUAUUAGAUUAUGGUGACAGAUUCUGUUUGUGCCACAACACCUGUCCAUCUCUCUUUCUGUCUUUAAAGAUUCACUUUCUGUUGUUUUACUGGGUUUUCUUUUACUAGCAACAACCACCCUAUCAACACCCUUCAGUCUACAUUUCAUUUUUUCAGUGGAACUCAGAACUGAUGCUGCUUGGAUUAGCAGCG